AUGAUGUUCGGCGCGGGGAGGACAAUCAGGCAUCGCGUCCUGCUUCCCUUGUGUGGAUCCAGAGGGAUGUCGUCGGACGGGACGGGGACGGUGGUGCCUCGGAAGGAGGUGGUGGACUUCGUGGUGCGGUGCAUGGAGGCCGUGGGCACGAAGCGACCCAAUGCGCUUGCCAUUGCCGAGGUCCUCGCCGAGGCCGAUUACAGGGGUCACUACAGCCACGGAUUGAAUCGAUUAGAGAUGUAUAUCCACGAUCUGAAGAUGAACAUAUGUGAUGCGAACGUCCAGCCAUCCAUUCUGAAGGAAACGGCCGCCACUGCCUACGUGGAUGGGAACAACGGGCUCGGGCCGGUCGUCGGGAACUUCUGCAUGGACCUGGCGAUCAAGAAAGCGAAGGAGGCGGGGGUCGGCUGGGUCAUCGCGAAGGGGUCGAAUCAUUACGGGAUCGCCGGAUGGUACAGCAUUCAGGCCAUGCAGCAAGGUCUCAUCGGGAUGUCCAUGACGAACACCUCGCCGUUGGUGGCGCCGACGAGAGCCAAGAAGGCGGCGUUGGGCACGAACCCUCUCACCGUGGCGGCACCGGCCAAGGACGGCGACUCCUUCCUUCUCGAUAUGGCGACCAGUGCCGUUGCCGUCGGUAAGAUCGAGAUGCAGAAGCGGAAGGAAGAGCCCAUUCCCAAGGGAUGGGCCAUAGGUCCCGGGGGUCAGAUGACCACGGACCCGCAGACCGCCCUGAUGGGAGCCCUCAUGCCCCUCGGAGGCGCCGAGCUCCACAGCGGCUACAAGGGCUACGGGCUGGGCCUCAUGGUCGAGCUGUUCUGCGGUAUUCUGGCCGGAGGCUCGUACGGCCCGAACGUCCGCAAGUGGAUGUCGACCGCGGAGGAAGCGAACCUCGGGCAGUGCUUCGUGGCGCUGAAUCCGGAGUGCUUCGCUCCGGGCUACCACGAUAGACUGCAGGAUCUCAUGAACUUCAUCCGCAAGAUGGAGCCGACCGAGCCGCAUAAGCCGGUGCUCAUCGCCGGGGACCCGGAGAAGAUAAGGAUGAAGGAGAACGACGAUCGGGGAGGGAUUCAGUAUCAUCCGAACCAGAUGAAGGCCUGUGCCAAGUGGGCGCAGGAUCUCAAGGUUUCUCCUCCCAAAACAAUUGCAUGAGCCUUCCCGGUGUUUUUUUUUUCUAGUUCUACGAACUGAUGUUAGUAAUCUCUAGUUGCAACGUGUGAGAUGGCUACUGUGACUGAUCUUAUUGGUGGGGUAAAGUUACUCGAAUGGAUAUGAACGUGCUGUUUUUGAAUAGAUAGAACCUGUUCCCAAAGGGCUGUUUUUGAGGACUCUGAACCAUUUCACUUUGUUUUGCAUGCCUGCGAAAGACAAUAAGUAUACUGAUUGCAUUCCCUUUUUCCCUAGUUUGAAUGUUAUUUCAGACAAAUGGCACUGGCUACAAGUGAGAUAUAUUUCCCAUUUGGGAGCCGCUGUGAACAGACAAAUUCUGAUGCCUACUCGUUCCUCCCUAUGCCAAUACAUGAAUAUUUUUCAGUAUAAGUAGAUGACAGUUGGUAUUUUUCAGUUUCACACAUUUGCUUUGAGACAUGCAUUUCAAGAACAAGCCUGUGUAAUACACCAUACAAAAGACCUUCCAGUUUGAGCCCUCACGUUGGCGAUCGGAGUGGGGCACGGCAUGGAAAAAGCGGUUUCUGUGCUUUGUGAAAGUGCAUUCCAUCUCUGCACCUGUCCUGUUUGUUGUCUAUAGUUGAGCAGUUUUGAGCAGUUUUGUAGCUGCCUUAAGAACUCAAUUCUGGGAGUGGUUUACGUGACACCAAGAUCGAGAGGAUGUGACGGCGAUGAUUGCUCCAUCAAGGAUCCUCGUCGGUGGUGCCCGUAGGUGAAGGUUGUUGGUGAUCUUUCCAUGUUGGAAUCUGUAGUCUCGUCUGGUUCGUGGUGUUUGUCAGGGAUCGUUUCAUUCCGGGAGGGAUCUGCCACGAUACUUGUAAGGAUAAUUUUUCCCAAAAGAAAGGAGCUGUUUCAUGUACCAUCGAUGAGGGAAGCUGUUAUAAUGAGGUGCU